AUGAGGAUUUCACUGCUUUCAUGGCUCUUCUUUUAUUCAUAUAUUGCAACUAUCUUUAUCAUCACUGCGGUUUUGGUUUCUGGUGAAUGUCAAAGCCAUCAGCAAGAGUUGCUGCUCGGAUUGGGGAAAACCCUCAAUUCUUCGUUGUCUGCAAAGAUGCGGAACUGGAACCAAAGCACGGAUUGCUGUUCUUGGGGUGGUAUAACCUGCGAUCAAAGUGGUCGGGUUAUCAUACUCGACUUGAGCAACCAAUUAAUUUCCGGAACAAUUGAUAAUUCGAGUAGUCUUUUCAAUCUUCAGCAUCUUCAGCAGCUUAAUUUGGCUUAUAACACACUCAGCUUCAGUUUUCCUUGUGGGUUUGACAAGUUGUCAAAUUUGAGCUAUCUUAAUUUGUCAAAUGCUGGUUUUACAGGGCAAGUUCCGGCUGAGAUUUCACGCUUGACAAACUUGAUUACUCUAAAUUUAUCUGUAAAUUUAUUUCUUAGAGAUGGACGACCCUUGAAACUUGAGACGCCAAACCUGAAGAUGCUUGUUGAAAAUCUCACAAGGCUAAGAUCUCUCCAUCUUGAUGGGGUCAAAAUUUCUGCAAGAGGAAAUGAGUGGUGUAAAUGGUUAUCCUCACUGACCAAUUUGGAAGAGUUGAGCAUGUCCAACUGCAACCUUUCUGGACCAAUUGAAGAUUCCCUUCAAAAGUUGAAGAAUCUCUCAAUUAUUCACUUGGAUAGGAACAAUUUAUCUGCUGUGGUUCCAGCAUUCCUUGCUCAUCUUCCAAAUUUGACUUCAUUGCGGCUCAGUUCUUGCGGCUUGCAUGGACAAUUUCCAAGAGAGAUACUCCAGGUAAGGAUGCUACAGUCUCUUGAUGUACUUGACAAUGAGAAACUUCAAGGUUCUUUGCCUGAAUUCCAUCAUAAUGGGUCUCUUCAGAACCUAGUUCUUAGCGGAACAAACUUUUCUGGGUCAUUACCACAGUCCAUAGACAAGCUUGUGAACUUGACUAUACUAGACCUUUCGUUCUGCAAUUUCAGCGGAGCAAUUCCGAGUUCAGUCUCCAACCUGCAACAACUUGUUUACUUGGACUUGUCAUUCAAUAACUUUACCGGUCAAAUCCCAUGUUUUGAUUUGUUCAAAAAUCUUGCCCGUGUAGAUCUCUCUUACAAUAAACUGAGUGGCAAGAUCGAGUCAUUUAAGUGGGAAGACCUUCCAAACCUUACUCGUAUUGAUUUAAGGCACAAUUCACUUAAUGGGAAUAUUCCUUCCUCCCUUGUGGCACUCCAUUGA